UGGCGACCGGACCGACCGACUACUACGUGUUUGAAAUAAAAAGAAAUACUUCUACCGAUCUCGAGAGACCGAACGCACUGAAAUUGAGUUGGAGAUAAUUGUCAAUACUAUUUGUUGAUCCGUGUGCUGCUGUCGCAUACCCGUUGAUCCCCCCAUUUCCUUCCUUCAACCGCCCCGGAGCUCUGGAGAAAAGUGUCUGUGUCUGAGUAAAGUGCCUGCUCCAUUGCCUUGCCUUGCCGUUGCCUUGCAAUCAUGGCGAGACUUACAAAAGUCUACAACACGGACGACGAUGACUCCGGUUACGUUGGCCGCAGGAAUUUGCCACUGGUGGCUGGCGAUAAACUAAUGAUGCUAAUGGACCUGAACAGCAAAGGACUGGUGAUCGACAGUCCGAUGAUCCGCGGUCGGGAUCUAGAGGAGUUCUCGCGCAAAUUCAAACUGCUCACAGAGGCCGAACGGCGACAAUCGCUGGAGAUCGACUGCGCCAGCUUUAUGGCCAUUCUUAAUCAGUGCGUGCAGUGUGUCGGCUGUCGACGCCGUGUGGAGCGCCUGUUCCACCAGCUGACGGAGUCGGGACAUCGCACGCUAGAUCCCCUGGAAUUGCGACCCACCAACACGCUAGGCAUCGUUGAGGAGAAGCUGAAGACGCCGCAGGCCCUGGGCACGCUGCUCUAUCGGCAUCACGAGGUGCUUAACAACCUGCUGGAUAAUAAACUGCGCAACAAGACGCGAUGCGUUCUGCACUCGCUCGAUGCCUUCCGCGCAAAACCCUUUUCGGAGACGUGGCGCGAGGUGUGGUCCGCCAUGAAGAGCAACUGCCGCAAUGAGCUCACCAUCAUUGAAACAAAGGAGUUGCACGACGUGCUCGAGAACUACCUGAAGAAGCACAAGUUCUGCUCCGGCUGCCGGACGAAGAUUGAGCGCGCCUAUAAAAUACUCAUUGGCGAAAUUUCGGCUAAGGAGAAGGGCUACGCGGUUCAGUUGUACGCCCACAUCCGCAAAUGUGUGCCCGACCAGCAUAUCCACGUGAACACCAACAAGAUCGAGUUCCUGGACGCGCUGAUUAAGCGCGCCGAGCCGGAGGUGAACGGCAGCUACUCGAAGCUGCGCGAACGCCACGCCAAGACGCUAGAGAUUGCCCAGGAGGAAGUGCUGACCUGCGUCGGAAUGAUCAUGUACGAACGGCUGCGUCGAAUUUACGUGAAUCUGCGUGAGGAGGAGCGGGCAUGCCAAGUGCUGGCCGCUGUGGGCGUCCACGCCCUCUGCCGCAGCUUUGACACGUUCGUGGAGCAAAAGCAGGGCAUCAGCAACCUGGAGCUACUCUACCAGGAGAUUAGUCGUGCGGAGCGGGCCAAGCAGCUUAAGCGCGAGCAGAAGAAGCUCAAGAAGAAGAAGAAGAAGGACGAGAAGAAGAACUUGCACCGGCAGUGUGAAGACGCCGAGGCCAACGAGUCCGACGAGGAGGCGGAUGAGCAGGAGGAGGAGGAGUCGAUAGAGCUGGAGAUAGUGGAGCUCGAACAAGAGGAGGAAAUGGAUGCGGAUGAGGAGAAAGUCGGGCAAAGCGAUCCUGGGGCGGACGAUGGCAUUGUUUUGGAGUCUUCUCACCAGGAACCAGAAACAACGCAACUAACGUCUAAACCAACGAAAUCGAAACCGAAGAAGCAAUCGAAGAAAAAGAAGCAGAAGCAGUCAGCGGGAUUGAAAAAGGCAGAAGGACGGAAGCAGGAACAUCAUCCGUUGGCUAGCAACACCCAGCAGCCCUUGGACGACGAUCACGAUCACCUGGACGUGGCCAGCUGCAUCUCGUCGAGCGUCGUAGCCAAGUUGAAUGGCGAGGACAAGUGCGAGGACUGUCUGGCCCCCAUUCCCAACUGUCCCUGCGAGCAGGAUGUUCGAGACUCUGGCUACGGCAGCGAUCCCACCUCGCACGCCGACUCGCGAACAUCUAGCGUGGUCUCGUCGCCGGAGGGCUCGGAGGUAUCCUGUUCGGAUGGGCUGUGCAACCACGACGGACCCCACGAUGAGGAUCAGCAUCAGCACGGCAUGUACGGAUUGGCGUCGGCUCGCAAUAGCUACGUCUCCGACUUGCUGCUCUACGGCAAUCAGUCGCGAUUUGAGCACAAGUUUUCGUUGCUGCAGAUGUGGGACGACUUCGACGAUUACGACGACAACGAGGAGGACGAGGAUGAGGAUGAGACCUAUUACAUUCCGCAGGAUGUGGUGCUGGCCUUCAAGUGCCACAGCGCGCAGGUGCAGCGUCAGCGGGAACAGCUACGCGCCACAUUGCGCGCAAACUUCGAGAGCCUGUGCCUGAAACGCGGCGUGCAGAUGCCGUUGAAAGCGAAGACUUCAAAGAUGCCUGCUCCUGCCGCAGUCCCUGCUGGCCAUAUAAAUAAAACGCAUUAAACCGUUGUAGUUAUUCAGUCGAGCGACAGCGAUUUCUAAAAAUCAACACGCGCGCGUGCAUUCAAAUAAAUAUAUAAUUUUUUGUUUUUUGAAAUAAAUGAAGUAUACAAGUUA